AUGUUUCCGCAAAUUGUUCUCAGCACUCUCGCUUCCCUGGGCGGCAUCCUAUCCUCUGCUGGCCUCGACUACGGGCUGCAUCGCGCAUGUCCACCUCUUUCCAAAGGAAAUCUCGUCUAUGAUGUCUACAUGGGCUAUCCUGAGAUUUUCCAAUGGGACAAGAGACGCUGCGUUGCAUAUGUCGGCAAUCUUUAUAAUGCGAGUCUCAGCGUCUUUGACCCGUAUCAAAACAAAGUCCUUGAAACAAUCCAAUUUCCAGGACUCAGCCAUCCUGGAGAUACAGCCGUGAAGCCGCUUCACGCCAGCGGCAUUGUUCUGAGACCGAGCAACGACAGACCUAAAACUCUAGAGCUGUUGAUUGACAAUGGAGAUGCAUUCUAUUCUGGCGGGGUCAACAUCUCGGGACCAGACUAUUUGAUAAGCAUGGACAUUGAGACCAUGACGGUGACGAACAAGCUUCAUCUCAACAACGGGUUAUACGCGGGCUAUGCUGACGCCGAAUUGGGGAGCGACGGAAAUACAUACGUGCUCGGUGUGUACAAGUCCAACAUUCUACGCGUCACGCCUGACCGAGAGAUCUCGACAAUGUACGUCGAGGAGCCACUGGGGCUGCCUCGCCCGUACGGCUUCACGGGCAUCACUCACAUUGACGACAUCAUCAUCAGCAACGACAAUACAAUUGGGCAAUUUGUUCGCUUCGACACGCGCAAUCCAGAUGGUACGCCGCCCACCAUCAUCAAGCAGACACCGCACCAUGGCUUCAACACGUCCAACGUGCUCACCAUUCCUGAAAGGUAUGACAGCACCGUCUUGUUGGCAACGGAAAACUCGACUCCCGACCACCCUGCAGGUGGAGUUGGCGUUUUCCGCUCGCAAGACAAAACAUUUCGGCAGGUCGAUUUCUUGGGCUUCCUCCCCAGCCGCUUGGGCAAUAGUUUGGCUACGUGCGCCCAACAAAUGGCCAACCGCAUCUACCUGGUUUCACUACCCACCGACGGGGCCAAUAUAACCGUCGCCGGACACAGCAGCAAAUUUAUUUUCCAGGAUCUUACAGACGACAUUGAUGCCCUGUUGAUUUGA